AGGUCUCAGUCAGUUGGGUUGCGCCCUUAUUGGCUUGCCCGAGUGUUUUCAUGCUUUAGCUAGACCAAACACAACGUGAAAGAAAAAUAAAUUUCUUAGAAAGAAAAGCCUUUGGUUGGUGGAGUGGGAAAAACUUGUGGUGCUCAACACUGCUAUAGAAUAAUAUAUAAACAAAAAAGUGACUGCGUAUAGUGGUGACAAGAGUUACCUGAAUUGUGUAAAGCCAUCCUCCCCAAAAGUGAACAAUAACAUAUUGUUUUCCUCUUUCUCUCUCUGUUUCUCUUUGUGUAUUAUAUAUAUUUGUUUGGCCACACACAUAGGCAGGAAGUCUUAUACUCUUCAGAUAUGGGUUUGAUACUCAUGGCCAUGCUUUGCUGUGUUUCUCUAUUGAUUCUCUCGGUACCUUUUGCUUCCUCGCAUGCUCUUGACCAGUCUUCUCCCUUGCAAGUAACUGAAGCAGCAGUGCAUUCUCCUCGUCUCGUUUUGUCAAGGAAGUUCAAAAUGUUGGAAGAAGCGAAGGUUGUUGAAGCUCACGGAUUCCAAGCUUCCAAACAAGAAGAUGAGCUGAAGGAAAAUGUUUCAGUUCUUUGACUAAAAACUGCUGCAACAUUGCUUCCUUGAAGAUGGAAAAUUUGUGGGCUUGCCAUUUUUGAGUAACAAUACAUUAAAUAAAUGUACUUUCUUUUUCACAUUUUUGAUACAUAUCUUCACUUUCAGAUAUUUUUCCUGCCAUUUUUGUUCUCAAAUCACUUCCUGAAUAUCAUUUGUUUUGAUUAGUUGGCCUUUUACUUUAGUCAUUCGUUCAUCGUGUUCGUCCCAUCAAUAAGCGGUGUAAUAAGUACAUUUUAAUUAUCGUUCAUUAUGUUGUCAUAUCAAUAAGCGGUCAGAGUUUGUAGAUUGAAUUUCUGUCUAAAAUGAGUACAUGUCAAUUAUCGUUCAUCGUGUUGGAAGUGAAUAUUUGGUAAUAUUUUUUAAUGAAUGCAUUUGAGAUAUGGUAUUAAUUUAAUCGUCAU